AUGGACCCCCGUCUGUUCCCCUGGGCCCUGAUGCUGCUGGGCCCGGUUCUGAUACUGGCGCUGGGCCGAGCACCUGCCCCGGAGACGCCAGAGAAGCUGUGUGGCCGCCACUUCGUUCGCACACUAGUGCAAGUGUGUGGGGGCCCAAGCUGGUCCCCUGAACCCGAGAGGCUGGUGGCUGGUGGCAACCGUGAGCUGCUGCAAUGGCUGGAAGGACGACAUCUCCACGGGCUGGUGGCCAACAGGGACUCGAUGCUAUUACUCAGCCCUCAGCCCCUGCCCCAGGCCUCUCACCAUCACCACCGCCGCCGGGCAGCUGCUACCAACCCUGCACACCACUGCUGUCUCAGUGGCUGCACCUGGCAAGACUUGCUGGCCCUCUGUCCCCACUGA